AUGGAUGAUGAGAUUAAGUCCAAUAUUCUAACCAGACGAAAGGAAAUUUUGUCUAAAGUUAAACAAAGAAUUGAUGAUGUGCUAAACCCAAGCAAACCUACUUAUGACCCACAUGCAACUCCAAUUGACAUUCUAAAUAAAAUGGAUAUAACAGAGCAAGAUUAUCAAUGGGCUUUAUCGAUAUCCCCAGAUUCGGACCAUGAAUUGCACCUGAAACGACCAAUAGACAGUUGUUUUAUCAACAAUUACUUUAUUGCUGGGUUAAAAGGAUUUGCUGCAAAUGUUGACUUGCAACCAGUGUUUAAUCAUUAUAAGUGUAUCACAUACGUUUGUUCUUACUUUACAAAGGAUGAAACUGAAUGUUCUCAAGCCAUCAUAAAUGCAGCAAAGGAGGCUAAAGAAGCCAACUUAAAUGUAAGAGAUGGCCUAAGAAAAAUAGGUGCAGCUUUUCUCUCAACUCGUGAAGUCAGUGCUCAAGAAUGCGUUUACAGAUGUAUCCCUGAACUCUGGUUAAGAAAAAUAUUCCCGAAAACCCUCUUUGUUAGCACGGAUUUUGCUGAAAAUCGCGUUAGAUUUCCGAAGAAACAACAAGAACUUGAUGAGUUAGAUGAUGAUAAUACUGAUAUUUUCAAGUCUAACAUUAUUGUCUGUUACAGUGACAGACCAAAAAAUAUUCCUGCCGUUAAUGAUAUGUGUUUAGCUUUAUUUGCUGCUCACUAUUUCAAAGAUUACAAAAGUGAUUUUAACGAAGUAUCUGAUUCUCAACCUGAAGUGUUAAGCGAUGACUUCAUUGAAUCUCAAAAUAUCGAAAAUCAUAACACUGGACUUCCCGAUCGAAUAAAACUUGUAAAUAGCAAAGAAAUUAUGAAGUGCAGAAAAAUUAAAGCUGUCAUUCGAUAUCACACUCCGAACAGAAGAAAAGAGCCUGAAAAAUAUUUUCACCACCUUCUCAUGUUGUAUUUUCCGUGGCGUAAUGAGCAGGAACUCUUUGGCGAAGACCAGACAUACAUAUCUAAGUUUUAUGAGCCAGAUGUUCAAGAGGUAGUACAAUGCAACAAAGAAAUAUUUGAGCCAGAUGGUGAUGCUAUUAAUGAAGCAUUAGAAAGUUACGAAACUUUGAUGGCAUACCAACUCACUCCUAUGAUCCAAUAA